GCCAGAGGAAGGCAGAGGGAACGCGAGCGAGCAGACUGCAAGCCCUGCCCAGCGAGCGAGUCACUGUGAGCGAGCCAAGCGAGCGAGAGAGCGAGCGAGCGCCUGUGGAGCCCGCGUGGAGGGAGCCGCCGAUCCAUCCCGCAACAUGAACACCCUGCUGGCGCGGGCGAACUCGCUGUUCGCCUUCACGCUGAGCGUCAUGGCGGCGCUCACCUUGGGCUGCAUCCUCACCACCGCCUUCAAAGACAGAAGCGCGCCAGUGCGCCUGCAAGUCUCCAGGAUCCUGCUCAAAAAAGUGGAGGACUUCACCGGACCCAGAAAAAGAAGCGACCUGGGCUUCAUCACGUUCCACAUCUCUGCGGAUUUGGAGAAGACUUUCGACUGGAACGUCAAGCAGCUCUUCCUUUACCUCUCGGCCGAAUAUUCCACGAAAAGCAACGCUGUGAACCAGGUGGUCCUGUGGGACAAGAUCCUUCUGCGAGGAGAGAACCCCAAACUGGAUCUGAAAGAUGUCAAAAGCAAGUAUUUUUUCUUUGACGACGGGCACGGUCUUAAGGGAAACAGGAAUGUCACUUUGACUCUGUCCUGGCAAGUUAUACCGAUUGCUGGCAUUCUGCCUCUUAUGACUGGAUCUGGACGCGUGUCUGUCCCGUUUCCAGAUUCGUAUGAAAUAGCCACGACUUUUUGAAGAACUCUCUCUGCAUCUGUUAAAGGACAUAUGUGUGCUUAUGGAAACAUAUUUCUUUCAUCUUCCGUCACGUCUGGCUGACUUUUGUUAUUGUUUAUUUUAAAACGUGCUGGGUUUGUGUCUGGGACUGGCUAACCUCCUCAUCCUCAUGCUUCCGUUUACCUAACACAGAGACUGCAUUCAUGGAUCUUCCUGGUGUGAACAAUGGUUGUUACGUUUCCUUUUGUAUAAGAAUCAACAUGAAAUUGUACAGUUGGAGGGGAAAGGUUGAUAGGGUACUGAGGCGUUAGUGUAAGAACAACAACAACAGAAGUUCACCAGAACAUUAUCAGACAAUUGCAUACGGCUUGAAAAGAAGGCACAGUUUUGUCAUAGUCACUGUGUUAUUCCGUGUGUAAUAUAAAAUGUUUUUGGAGAGAAUUUAAAAAUUUGAUGUAUGGUGUUCUCAUAAUAACUACAUGUUUUAUUCCUGACAUUCCUUGUAGGUUCACACUGAAUGCCGUUUUCAUAUAUCUUCUAGGAUGUGUUUGAUCACUAGAAAAACUGUGAUUUGCUUCUUAGAAGUUUAACAUACAAAAUUGGUAAAUAGGUAUGAGAAUGAGAAUUUGCCCCCACUUCAGAAAUCUGAAUGCUUGUCUUUCUUGCCAGCAAACAUGUCCACUUGAAUAGUGAA